AUGGCGGAAUCUACCUUGAAUGACACAAAGCAAGGGAGAGGGAAGGGUGCUGAGAUGAUGGCCGUGAUGUGGGCGCUUACGGGAGUCACCACGUUCAUUGUCGUCGCUCGACUCUUCAUACGACAGAAGGUGUUGCGGGUUCUUGGGCUGGAUGACUGGCUGAUUGCAGUUUCGAUGAUUCUAGGUUUGAUCUUUGUGGGAACCGCCACUGCAUCUGUAGCGCAUGGCUAUGGGCAGCAUACGGCAGAUCUGGACAUCGCAGAAGCCGAAAAGGGCCUUUUCUACAACAGCGUAUCGUUUAUCUUCGGCAUUCUGUCUUUUGCAUUACCCAAACUAGGCGUGGCAGCUUUACUGAAUCGUCUCCUCAAUCCGAGCCUAAUCCAUCGCAUUAUUACCUGGGGCAUGGCGAGCUUCAUUUGCGCAGUCGCCAUCGUCAACAUUAUCAUCUACGUUACCAUGUGCGACCCCCCACAAGCACUGUGGAAGAUCAGGAUGGCCAUGAACGGGGAGGCGAAAUGUCGUGAUGUCUGGGUCCUGAUUCACUAUGCUACUUUCAACGGAGUCGUAUCCGCAUUUGUCGAUCUCUACCUCGCCAUCUAUCCCAGCACGGUAUUGUUCAAACUGCAAAUGUCUUUUCGCAAGAAGCUGGCACUAAGCGCAGCAUUGGGUUUGGGCGCCGUGUCCGUGUCAAUUUUGCCAAUCUUCAAACUCCCAGGAGUCAUGAUACUGACGGACAGCUCAACUAGUGCGGCGGCCACUGCCAUCGUCAAAUGUGCUCAGAUAAAAGGUCUUGCAGACAAAGCGGAUCCUACUUAUGGAACCGUCCCCCUCGUCAUCUGGACCAACGUCGAAGCCAACGUCGUCGUCAUCGCCUCGUGCAUCCCAACCCUCCAACCCCUCCUCGAGCUCCUCCUCGGCAAACGUAAACUAACCUCCAACGGCAAAAGCAACUCGCGCCACAAAUACUACCAACAAAGCAGUCAACAAGGCAACGAGGCCAGCCAAAGCAAUCACAAUAGCAAUAGCAAUAGUCGACGCUCGCGCCACGCGCUCCAUAAACAGGAUUAUACACUCACGACGAACGUCGAGAGUCGUGAGAGUAUUCUGCGGGAGGAAAGGUUGGAUUUUGAUUCUACGGUUACUACUGGUGAUGGUGGUGGACUCGGGCCGAUGCAGAUCCGUCGUACGGAUGAUGUGCAUAUCGAGUAUGAGAUGCAGACGCAGACGCCGUUGGAGCCGACGCAGAAGCGGAGUUUUGGAUGA